AUAGCUAUGUAGGGUACCUCUACCUACUAUUCAAAAAUUUGAUAACAUGUAUAAAUCGGAGUUCAGAAUAGCAGAUGCUAAGAGAAGUUGCGAACAUUUCUAAUAUUUAUCUUUGAAUCGUGUUUUGUGUCAGUUAUUCGGCUGUUAUCAUUUAUUGAUGAUUUUGGGGGCAGCGAACUCUAAAAACGUGAAAUUUUUUCGUGGAUUCCUGAAUUUUUUCUCACUAUGACAGAUAAUUUACCAGAAUUAGAUAAAUCUGAGGUUGAGAAAAUAGUCGAGUCAUUCAAAGACAUUUAUCAGCCUGCAUCUAACCUGAUAUCAGCCAGAGUACAUAAGGCAUCGAACCAAAUCAGUAUAAUCGUUUCUGAAUGGAGUCAACGUAAUUUGGAGAGAGGAAAACCUAUAAAGAUUAUAAGAUACACUUUAUCGGAUUCAGAUUUUAAAUCUUGUAUCGAUAUUAAUGAAAUUGAUGUUUCCCAUUGGAUAUUAAAUGCUUCGUCCAAGUCUGGAAAGUUCAGAGCAGUGAUAUGCGAUGCUUUAGAUAGCAAAUCAAAUGGAAAAAAUAAAACUUAUCUGGAGAUUUGGUCUAAAGAAAGAUCAAUCGCAACGUUUGAUUUAACAGCAUUGGAUUUGCAUGGAGCAGUUUAUACGGAUUAUCCUUUUUGCUCAAUUUCUUGGUCAGCUCAAGAGGAUAAAGUGAUUUACAUAGCCGAACAAAAGAAACCGAAAACUUCACCUUUUUAUGAGCAAAAAUCAAUUACAAAUUCUUCAAACGGUUCUGCGAACAAUGUGAGAGGAGAGCAGUUUGUUUAUGAAGAAGAUUGGGGCGAAUGUAUUUCUUCAAAAUAUCAAUCAGUGAUUGUAUGCUGUGAUAUUGUUGAAAAAACCAUCACUGUGUUGGAAGGAGUACCUAAAGAUAUUUCUCCAGCUCAAACAAUCUACGUUCCAGAUGGCAAAGGAAUCGUUGGAGUUGGGUUUAUGAAUAGUCCAAGAAGAUUAGGAUUGAUAUAUUGUACUAAUAGGAAAAAUCAUAUAUUUUAUUUAUCCAACCAAGGAAAAUAUAUGAUAUUGAGUGAUGAACAAUUCUCCGUUAAUUCUCCAAAAUUCAGCCACGAUGGAAAAUAUCUUGUGUGGUUUCAAAGACAACGUUCUGGAUCUACUCAAGCAGCUCUUUCUCUUAUAAGAUGUGAUUGGCGCACCAAAGAGAUCAUUUCUGUCAUCAAUACGAUUCACGAUGAAAUUUCAACAGAAAAUGGUAAAGCAUUCUUCGGUAUCUAUGCACGUCUCUCUUUAAAUGGCAGUUAUGUGUUUAGCUGUUGGACUUCAGAUAGCAAAUAUUUACUAUUUAGCACCGAUCAAAAAUAUCGCACCAGUACAUAUGCUGUUAAUAUAGAAAAUGGAAAAAUUUGGGACAUCGGUUACGAAAAAGAAAACGAAAGUACGAUUCUUCUAAAUGUAUCGGAAGAUGAUUAUGCUCUUGUAAACAUCACGUCGUUCAAGCGUUCUUCUACGUUAGUUUCGUUGCAUAUUCCUUCAUUGACAGGAGGUCAUUCGAAUGAAUCUUUGUUUUCAUUUCUAAUUCCGGCAGUUACCGUAUCUGAUAAAAACAUAAUUUCAAAUUUUACUGUUCGUAGUGAUAGCAGAGAAGAUGGAGAUUGUUUUGCUACCUAUUAUGGGCCUCAAAACGAUCGACUCAAAGCAACUCCAUUAAUAAUGUACCUUCACGGAGGUCCUCAUGUAACAGUUGCCAACGCCUUUACACCAGAAUUUAAUUUCUUUAUCAAAUCAGGUUUUGGAGUAUUGGUGGUGUUUUUUCAUGGAACUCCAGGCUUCGGUCAAAAAUACCUCAAUUCUCUUUGUGGAAAUAUGGGAUCACUAGAUGUGGAAGAUUGUUAUAAUACCUUACAAGCAGCUCUGAAGAAAUUUCCCUGGCUGGAUCCUAGUCAAGUUGUGUUAUUCGGUGGCUCUACCGGAGGAUUUUUAAUACCCCAUUUAAGUUCACGUUACCCAAAUGAGAUCAAAGGCUCAGCUAUGCGAAAUCCUGUCACUGAUGUUUACUUGCGCUGCUUUUUAACUGAUAUUCCAGACUGGGCUGCAGUUCAGCUUGGGUACCCUUACAAUGGAUUUGCAGAUAUCCUCACUAAUCCCGAUUUAUGCAAUAAAAUGAUCGAUAUAUCACCCAUGAUGAAUAUUAAAAGCGUUAGAGCACCAAUGUUAUUUUUGUUGGGUAAAAAUGACGUAAGGGUUCCACCGCAAAUAGGAUUGUCUUAUUAUCAUAUUUUAAAAGAGAUGAACGUGCCUACCAAAGUUUUACUUUACGAAGAUGGUCACAAGUUAUCGAAAGUCACAACAGAAAUGGAUUCGAGGAUAAAUUCAGUCAUUUGGUUUAAACGAUGUUUGAAAAGAAAUUCUAAAGAAGCUGAGUAAUAUUGUAUAGAUGUGUGCUUAUUUUUGUGAAAAAAGCAUCGCCAGGUUUUCUUCUGUUUGAAAUAUUGCAUCAGAAAUCAAUAGGCUGUGAAUAGUUUAUUCGUGUUCUUUUUGAGGAUUUUCAAUAUCGAUAUGCAUUUACUUAGAUUAAUAUUAAAGUGCAACAGGCUAAUCUUCUAAGUACUUUUUAUUAUGCAGGUGGCAUUAAAACAAUAAAAACAAAUUAUAAAUGUGCAUUAAAA